AUGGCGACCGCACCACAAGCAUUCUACUGCCUGUGGCAGAACAAAUCAAUCGCCGACAGACUGUUUGAGCUCCUACCCAAGGAGGAUAUCUGCUCCCUCAGGGUCGCAAAUUCAGCAUGCUGCAACCUUGUUACGAAGCGCCUCUUCCUACGAACCAACCUGACUUUCACGGCAAACACAUUCACAAAACCUAGUAGGAUCCAGGCCUUGACCAGGAUCGGACAUCACAUCGAACACCUAACCUUCCACUUCGCCCACUCUGAUGCCACCUUCCUCCCCCCGCUGAUCCACCCCUCGACCGGACGUGAGAUCUCCUACCUGUACACUCCUCACACAUCCAUGGCAUCCGUCCUAGCCCGGCCCAAGUACGGCAACACGGAGUUGGGCGAUAUCCUGAUGCAGCAGUACCCGCCGCUCUUCCACGCGGCCACAAAUGUGCCCAGCUUCAUCAAUGCGAUGAAACACAUCCCCAACAUGAGGCACCUCACCAUCAAGACCCCUGGGCAGCAACCCAAGGAGCGCUACCGGCGCGACGUCGUGGACUAUGCGCUCAUCAGCCUGCGCAUCGCGGUCGAGCGGACACCCCUCGUCAAGCUAACCAAGCUCACCCUCUCCGCCGUCCACCCGUCCGCGUUCAACUACCUACGGCCGUCGCCGGGCUUCGGCCCAUCACCGGCCAGCACCCGCCGGUGGCGCCUGAUCCGGAAGCUGUACAUCUCGGUCGAGGCCUGGGACUUCCACGGCCCGUCUCCGGGACUGGACCACCUCAAAAUCAUCGAUGACUACAUCCGCCUCUUCGCGCCGGGGCUGGACAAGUUCGGCUUCACCUGGCUGGGCCGCCGGGGCCCGUGCCCGCUCGCCCUCUCGGCCGACCCGCUGUUCUCGCCCCCGCGCGCCUGCAGGAAGCUGUUCGCCGAGGUGACGUCGCCCAUGUCGCCGCUGCCGGCGCGGCCGUCGCGCCGGCCCUUGCACAUGCCGCGCCUGCGGUACAUGCAGGUGCGCAACGCCGAGAUGAACGCGCCGCAGCUGCGCGGCCUCGUCGCCGCCCACGCGGCAUCGGUGCGCGAGUUUGAUCUCGAGAACGUCGUGCUGUCCGACGGCGGGAGCUGGGACGACGCCCUGGAACCCCUGACGGCUGCCGGGACCGGCGACGUCUGGUCCCGCCGCUCGGUCGGCGGCAGCAGCGCGGGUUUCCGGGCUGUGCCCACCCUGUCGCGCUCUCGGUCUGGCUCGGGCUCUGGUUCAGGCUCUGGCUCCGGCGUGGCGAGCACGCACGAGGAUGAACGGCUGCCGGUCUCGUCUGCUGCAGCUGCUGCGGCUAGCAAGGAGCUGUUUGACGUCGACCUCGAGGGCAUGGUGUUCGGUGGUGUAAACGACGUCGACGCCUUCGAGGCGGGUGUCCAGGAGUGGGCACGCGGCGUCACCGACGCGGCGCAGCAGCAGGACGACCCGACGCUUCCCGUGGCUGGGACUGCCGACGACGGCGGUCCCGCGGAGGACGCCGAGGCUGUUGCCAAAAAGAAGGCGGUCGUCGGCUUCAGCGCGAAACUGAAGAAGCGCCGCGUCCGCAAGAAGAAGUCUCGGAAGCACCACCGCAAGGACGGGGCCGAAUCCGACGCCGCCGCGACGGAGACGGCGGACGAGCGGCGCGGCGGGCGGCGCCACCGCAGCGGGAGCCGGCACAAGCACUCUCGCAGCGACGAGACGCACGACCGCGAUCGCAGCCGUCACAGGUCGCGCUCUCGGCACGGCCACCACCACCACCACGACCGUCGGCGACGCCACUCGGAGGAGGAGGAGCCCGAGCUGCCUGACAUGCCCGUCACCUUCAUCGCGGAGGUGCUCUCCUCGGAUGACGAGGCCGCCAUCCCCGCCCCGCCGUCGCGCAGGGCCCCCAGUCCCCGCCACUACCCGGACCCGGACGCAAACAUCUCGGCACCGAUCCUCAACCCGGACCCGCUUCCCGUCCUCCUGCAGCCGACCGUCUACGACCCGUCUUCCGCUGCCAGGACCGUCCAGCCUCAGCCGCAGGCGCCGCUGACAAAGACACCAUCCAAGGGGUCCAUGGCCUCGUCGUCGUCGUCGUCACUAGCAGCGGCCAGGGCGGCGGCGGCGGCAGAAGAGAGGACCGGCGCGGAGAGCGGGCUCAGCGCGGUGCAGCUGUCGAUCGAGGCGGAGCUGCUGGCGGAGGCGGAGGAGGCGGCGGCGCGGUCGUCGGCGCUGCGGCGGGCCAAGGAGACGGUGCUGGCGAAGCUGUCGCGCGAGUUCUGCAAGCGCAGGGCCGCGGCGGGUGCCGGGGGUGUUGGUGGAUCGGCCGCCGUGAUGGGGCUGCCGGGGAUGAACCUUGGGACGGGCGUCGGUUGCGGGGGGGCGGCGGUUGCGGGGCGCGGAGGGGGUUUCGGGAGCCGGUUUGGGUCUGGGUUUCGGGAGGGGCUGUUUGGGAGGAGCGUGGCGCAUGUAACAAUAAACCAGACAAGUCCCGCCUGGCCGGUUGGCUCCAUAAAUGACUUGUUCGUCAGCAUCACUGUCAUUAGCUCGCGGCACGGCAGGCGGACAAAGAGCGCAACUAGGCAGAGACUCUCAGCGACCAUCAGGCGAAUUCUGGCGGAUUCUCAAAUCUUGUUCACCUCGAUGGCGCAAUGGAGCUGA